AUGACUUGGCCAAUUCUGACAGUCCGUUUGAAGCAGAAAGUGGUGGAUUUAUUGGAUUAUGAGUCGAGGUGCAACCUUCGAAUCAGUUCAAAAGACGACCGAGAUGUUGUGGAUUCCACGAAAUUUGUCCCAGAAAAAUUCAAAAUUACAGAAACUCCAAGUGAUUUGUCUGAAGGGAAGUCAAUAAUCCGUUUGGAAAUCGAUUCAUUUACAAUUUGGUUGACUGGAAAAGAUGAUUUAACAAAAAUCGAUCGAGGAUUCAAUAGAGAAGUCGAUGAAACUUUGAGUGAAAUUAAACAAGAAAAUCGAGUCGAAGUUUUCCAAAAAUUAUUGCUCAGAUUUUCAAAUAAGGGACUAAUCAAGGCGGAUACUGUGGAAAUGGAGGGGAUCAGAUUUAUGCCACCAGAAGACCUCAAUUUCAAAUGUUCCUCUCUGAAAAUUGUAGCCGUUACAACUGAUUAUUCUGUCGAGUGGCUGAAAAGAAUGGCGCCAAAAUUGGAAAAAUUCGAGAAUCUGGAUGUCGCGUGUUGGGGAGAUGAUACAGAACUAAUGACGAUUCACAGUCUUCUAGAAGUCUCGAAAUCGCUGAAAUUGGAGCACGAAAGUGGGAUUACGGAUGAGCAGUUGCAGGAAAUCGAGGCAACAAAUUUGAAGUUGUUCUCGGAAAGGAUUACGGUAGAUGGAGUGAGAAAGAGAUUGGAGCCAAUUUCAUUUUUUCCAAACAAUCUGAGAAUGAAAAAAAUCACACUACGAGCUGAAGACGAGAAUGGUUAUUUCGGAAAAAUUCUCGGAGGAUUCGAGAACAUUCAUGGAAUUCGAGAGCCAUGGAAAAUCGAAUUAUUGUCGUUUGGAGGGAGAAUGAGAAUUUAUUGUAAAAUUUGGAAAAAAUCCGAGAGACCAUGUAUUUUGUAUCCGUUUUAUUUUGGAAGAGAAUAA